AUGGAUAAAGAUAAUAAGGAAAGAUGGGAAGCAUAUAAAGAGAGAUUGGAAGCGAUGGAUAAAGAUAAUAAGGAAAGAUUGGAAGCGAUGGAUGAAGAUAAUAAGGAAAGAUUGGAAGCGAUGGAUAAAGAUAGUAAGGAAAGUUUGGAGGCAGUGGAUAAGGGAAAUAAAGAGGCAACGAGGAAGCAGGGUCUGUCCGCAGUUAAUAAUCGGUUAGAUGAAUGGGAGAAGAAUCUGGAAUUGGAGGCUUCACAGAUUCCGCCGCCUCAGCCCACGACUCCAGCGGGCGCGCCUGCUAUCGUCGCCUUGCAGUCACCAUCAACGGACGGGCGCCUCUCGCCGCUACCACGUGCCCACCUCCGGCCGCCGCCACCGCGUUCCUCCACAGUGCCGGAACCGAUGUACGCUGAGGCUGCCGUCACGCCGCCGCCGCCGUGGCCCACAGAGGUCGUUGCUCCGCCUCCUCAUCCGAGCAUACCCAGUGGUGGUGCGCGGCCUGGGCAGUGCUGGGAGCAGGGACACAUACUUUGCCAGCUUGGCCGCGCCUUAUUUGUUAUUUCUGGUCCCUCCGGCACUGACAAGCGACUUCGGAACCAGAUCCAUUUCUGCCGUCCUCGGUUUUCUGCCGCUGGUUGUUUUGCAGCAGAAUUGGAGGCUUCACGGGUUCCACCGCCUGAGCCCACAUCUCCACCGACAGCCCCUCCACCGCUCACGCCCCGCCGCGAGCGCGCCGGCUGCUACCGGUCCGGUCACCUGCAUGGGGUGGGCGCCUCCCGCCGCCACCACUGCACCAUCUCCAGCCGCCGUCGCCGCCGCCGACAUGUUCCUCCACAGAGCCGGUACUAA